UGCCGAUAGGUAUAUUUACGAUCAUCUAUAAUCAUGGUUAAAAGUCAGAUUGUUAAAUCAAAAUUCUUGAUUUCGAUCUAAAUAUUCUACUACAAUAUUGCUGGUUAGAAAGUUGCAAUCAGACAUUUCGGCUGUACUGUAACGACUUGGCGCGGACAAGGACUGCUGGAGGAGACGAAAAAUGAUGCAUCAGCAAUCCAUGAUGGUUGGAGAUAUGCUUCCCGUUCAUUCUGAAAUGCCUGUGCAUGGAGAGGAAAUGAACAACGUGGGUUACGAGAACAGCGGGCCGGGAUACGCUUACGACGAUCUCUUCCCGGCCUUGCCGCACUCGCAGCCGCCUGUUCAGCGCAGCAUUCAGCAGGUCACCAAUAAACUUCGUGUUGGAUCCUCCCUGCACACGCAGGUUUUCCAUGUGCCAUAUGAAGAAAGAAAAUUGGACAAUGCUAACACUUUUGGAGAAGGUGAAUCAUUGAGAACCUGCCAAGCCAUCACCAAGGACACCGGGGCGCAUAUUGAAAUAUCAACAAGUAAGGAUGGCAGUCUGACUUUCCUAAUUACUGGAAAGCACAGUGCCGUACUUGAAGCAAGGCGUCAAAUUUUAACUCACUUCCAGCAACAGGCAAGCAAGCAAAUUUCGAUUCCAAAGGAACAUCACCGUUGGAUUUUGGGUAAGCAGGGGCAAAAACUGAAGGAGCUUGAGAAAGUGACUGCUACUAAAAUCAGCGUUCCUGGUAUUGCGGAUAAUAACGAAACGAUCACUAUUACUGGUACUAAGGAGGGCAUUGAAAAAGCUGAGCAUGAGAUCAGAGUUUGCUCUGAGGAACAGUCGCGCAAAGCCCUGGAGCGCAUCACUGUGCCGAAAAUCUACCACCCGUUCAUCCAAGGACCUUACGGCGAACGAGCCAGCGCCCUCAGCGCUGAGACCGGAGCGCGUAUUCACAUCCCCCCGGCGUCUACACAGAGCGACGAAAUCGUCAUUGCUGGGGAAAAGAAUGGCGUGCUCGCCGCCAAGGCGCAAAUCGAACAAAUCUAUGAAGAUAUGGCCAAGAAGUGCUCCACGGUGAGAGUUGAGGUGCCCAAGUCUCAACACAAGUAUGUGAUUGGUGCUCGUGGUACCACUAUUCAAGAGAUUCUAAAGGAAACUGGUGUAUCAGUUGAAAUGCCCCCACCCGAUUCCCCAACUGGUACCAUCACUCUUCAUGGACCCCACAAUAAAAUUGGCUUGGCUCUAUCUAAGGUAUGCGAGAAAGCAAACUCUGUGAAAACUGCUACUGUGGAUGCUCCAACUUGGAUUCAUAAAUAUAUUAUUGGAAAGAAUGGCUCUAACAUUAAGAAAAUCACCCAAGAUUUUUCUAAGGUCCAUGUGGAUAUAACACAUUCUGAGGAUAAAGUGAAGAUUGACGGCCCACCAGAAGAAGUGGAAAGAGCCCAGGUGGAAUUGAGUGACUUUGUCAAGAAUUUGCUGGACACUCUGACUUAUGUUGAACUUUCUGUUGACCCUAAAUUCUUCAAGCACAUUAUAGGAAAGAGUGGAGCUAACAUUAACAGACUGAAGGAUGAGACUGGUGUAGUUAUAAAUAUAAUUGAAAAUGAAGGCACUCAUGUGAUUCGUAUUGAGGGCAGCCAUCAAGGUGUAGCUGAUGCUGAGAGGGAGCUUCGGGAGAUGGUAAUGAAAUUGGAAAAUGAAAGGACAAAGGAAGUUUAUGUUGAUCAUAGAUAUAUUAAGUCGCUCAUUGGCGUAAGAGGAGAAAAAAUUAAGGAAGUCCGUGAGAAGUUUGAUCGUGUCCUUAUUUCUCUUCCCGAUCAAGGACAGAAGAGAAGUCCUAUCAAGUUGAGAGGGCCGCAGGAUGAUAUUGAAAAAUGUGAAAAGUUCCUGCACAAACUCCUCAAGGAGAUUGCUGAAUCGUCUUAUGUUCAAGAAGUGCCGAUUUUCAAACAAUUCCAUAAAUUCAUUAUUGGCAAGGGAGGAUUAAAUCUUAGAAAGAUCAGAGAUGAGACUCAAACUCAAAUCGAUCUUCCAGCGGAAGGCGAUGACAGUGACGUGAUUACAGUUCGCGGCAAGCGCGAGAAUGUAGAGGAGGCGGUGAAGAGAAUACAACAAAUACACAACGAGAAAGCAAACAUAGUGACUGAGGAAGUGACAAUACCGCCAAAAUAUUACAACUCGCUGAUUGGAGCUGGCGGUAAACUCAUUCAUUCCAUCAUGGAGGAGUGUGGCGGAGUACUUAUCAAGUUUCCUGCCGCCGACAGCGAGAGCGAUAAGGUCGUUAUCAAGGGCCCAGUGGAAGACGUAGAGAAAGCCAAACAACAGCUGCUGGCUCACGCGUCCGAGCGAGAGCUCACUUCCCACACUGCCCAUGUCCGUGCCAAACCUGAACACCACAAGUUCCUUAUCGGAAAGAAUGGUGCUAAUAUUAAAAAGAUUCGUGAGCAGACUGGUGCCCGUAUCAUAUUCCCGACGGAAAAGGAUGAAGAUAAAGAAGCUAUUUUUAUCAUUGGUCGCGAGGAGCAAGUGGAGUCAGCGCGCAAGCAGCUGGAGGCGGCCGUGGCGGAGAUCAGCAACGUGUCGGAGGGCGAGAUGACUGUGGCCGCGAGGCACCACCGGCACUUCGUGGCGCGCCGGGGCGAGGUGUUGCGCAGGAUCGCCGACGAUUGUGGAGGCGUGCAGAUCUCAUUCCCGCGGCAAGGCGUCAACAGCGACCGCGUCGUGCUCAAAGGACCCAAGGAGUGCAUCGAAGCAGCUAAGAUUCGCAUCAACGAGAUCAUUGAAGACUUGGAAGCUAAGGUGACGGUAGAAUGCGUGAUUCCUCAGAGGCACCACCGCACUGUGAUGGGCGCCCGCGGUGCAAAGGUGAAGGACAUCACUGCAGAGUACGACGUCCAGAUCAAAUUCCCUGAGCGCGACACGACCGAAGGCGCUGACGUUCCACUGAAGAACAACGAAGAUUCUUCGGAUCCCGGCCCCAAUGAUAUCAUUAAGAUUACUGGACGUCCAGAGAACUGUGAGGCCGCUAAGAAAGCCUUAUUGGAACAGGUGCCUAUUACGAUUGAUGUGGAAGUGCCAAACGAACUACACCGGUUACUCGCCGGACAAAAAAGAAGGGAACUUAUGCAGACAUACGAUGUUCAUAUACUCCUGCCGCCGAGUGAGGAGACCAGUGACAUCGUUAAGGUUACGGGUACUCCUACCAAUGUAGAAAAGGCUAAACAUGCAUUGUCCGACAAAAUCGUCGAAAUGGAAAAAGAAAAGGAAGAUAGGCUUCUCAGGUCGUUUGAAUUGAAAUUCAAAGUGGAUCCUGAAUACCACCCACUGGUUAUUGGCAAGGGUGGUGCUGUGAUAACAAAAAUCCGUACUGAUUACGGAGUACAAAUUAACUUGCCCAAGCGCGGCGAGCCUGACGAUGACAUCAUCACCAUUCAGGGCUACGAGGACAAGGCGCAUCAGGCAAAGGAAGCCAUAAUGGCCAUAGUACAUCAACUGGAUAAUCAGUUCCGCGAUGAAGUGGAAAUUGACCCACGAGUCCACCGCAGGCUUAUUGGUGUCAAGGGCAAGAACAUCAGGCGCAUCAUGGACGACUUCAAGGUCGACAUCCGCUUCCCUAAGAACAGUGAAGACGGGAUCGUGGUCAUUACCGGUGACGAAGAUAAUGUUCUUGACGCUAAGGAUCAUUUACUCAAUUUGGCUGAGGAAUAUUUGCAAGACGUGGUGGACCGAUACCAGCGGCCGGCGGGCGUGUCGCUGGGCGACUUCAGCGAGCUGAGCGGCGAGGCGGGCGAGGCGGGCGGCGCGGCCGGGUUCGUGGUGACGGGCGGCCCGUGGGAGCAGCGCGCGCCCGACACCGCCUCCACACACGAGUUCCCCACCAUGCCCGGCAGCGCGCCCGCCCAGCGCCAGCCCGCCGCCUGGGGGCCUCGCCGCUAACCGCACUAUACCUACCUAUCCUAAUACGGUAGUUGCCCGUCUAUAAAAUUAUAUGUAUACGUGUACAUUCACAUACGAAACGCGAUAAUCGAAUGUCACUUUAAUUGAUCAAUUUUAUUUAUAGUAUUUUUCACGUUCUCAUUAUAGGUUAAUUAUAAUGCUUUUUGACUCCAUUUGUGACAUCACUUGUGUCCACUGCCCCAUAUAUUUUUUGUUUUUUGACACAAGGAAAAAAAUAUCUGAUUUGACUUCAUGGCAACUACCCUAUCUAGUGCAACCUACAUAUGCUCUACGUAAACUAAACAUGCAGAUUGUCGUUUGCAUUUGACUAUAUCGGUACUGAUCCGAAACUCGUUUAUCUAACUUCUCGCGGUUAUGCAACAUAUAUUGCGCUAUCGUUAUAACUAUAUAUUUUUAUCCUACUCGUGAAGAUUUAAUUUUCUUUAAUUUCAUCCUUAACUUGAACUUUUUUCUAACCAGUGUUAUUUCUUUUUCGGGUCCGUAUUAGUAUUCGAUUAUGCCAUGCGUUAUUUUUAUUUUCUAAUGUAGAAAAUUUAUAAUGAAAUCCAUUCAACUAAUUUUUUGAUUACGUUGAAUUAUGUAAUAUUAUUUUACUUAUUAUUUUAAUUAAGUGCAUCAUAAUCGAGUGCAUAAUUAUGUUUUGUGUACUUAUUGCAUAAAUUUAUAAUGAAAUUUCUAUUUUUUCAUAAUAAUUUGUUUCAUGAUUAUGUUUUACUAUACUAUGUUUUGUAAGUGUUGCCUAUGAUAAUAAAUCAAUAAAUAUUAAGACAAGAAUAAAUAUUUUUACAAAGUAAUUUGUACAUAGUGAAAUGUGUUUGAAAUAUUAAUAAAAUCUUUUACAUUAA